AUGGCAUACUUACACGUGUUUUUAAGCUUGAUUUGCUUGUCCCAAGCUGUUCUUUAUGACUAUUCCUCUACAAGUGUCCAUAUUUUGACAUCACAAAAUUUUGAUAAGCAAGUAACUAGGAGACGAGACAAAUGGGUCAGUGUCAUUCAUUUUUAUAAAGAAAAAGAUAGCAGAUCUAAAAUUCAGGCUGAAGAAUUCAAUCACUUUGCUGAUGAGUGGCAAGGUGUUUUUAUAGUAGGGGUUGUUAAUUGUGACACACAUUAUGAGCUUUGUGAAGCACAAGACAUCAGAGAAGUCCCUGCAAUUAAAGUUUAUCCACCUUUUCCAGCGCCAGUCGGGGUUUAUGAAGGGGAAGUCACGUCAAAAGCUAUAAGUGCUUAUGCUGCCAAAUUUAUCCCAUCUUAUGUAAUUGAACUUAGCAAUGAAAACUAUCAAACUUUCCUAGAGGAUAAGCCAGCUGUCCCUAAAGUUUUGCUUUUUACUGAAAAAUCGUCAGUUCCAACUUUAUAUAAAGCACUGAGUGUAGCAUUUGAAUCGAAAAUGUUUUUUGGGAUUGUGAGGCAAGAGGACACAGAAGCGAUUAAAAAGUUCAAAAUCAAGCAAUUCCCAAAAAUUUUGCUUUAUAAGACUGUAGAUGCGAAAACGACUGAGUAUAAAGGAGAAAUUAAAUAUAUAUUUAAGUAAAAUAAAUAAUGAUUUUUUUUUUAAAAAAAAUAAAAAAAAAUUAAUUAAAUAUAAGUAGAAUAGAUCAAUAUUUGAGUGGCUAAAUGUACAUUCAGAAACCUUUGUACAUGGAGGGACUGAAGAAAGCUCAAGCACGAAGUCCUGGAUCGUUGAAGCUUUACCUCAGUUACAUAGACUUUCAGCUGAUGAUAUUUGCUAUAAACAAGAAGUUCUCUGUGGGAUAUUUUUCUUAAACUCCCCUCCUAAUGACUCCCUUAUCAAUACUGCAAAAGAAGUCGUCAAUAUUAUUGGGAAAAACAAAGACAGAGGAGUUUCUGUUAAGUUUAUGUGGCUUGAUCUUAGUGCUGACAAAGCUUUUGCUGACAAAUUUGAAGGCGUUGGGGCUGGGAAUUUGGUGUUUUUAAAGUAUGGCAAAAGAAGCAGAUUUGUCCUUCAUGGUGGAGAUAAUGCAGAGGCUGCGAUAGAAACAACAAUUAAUAAAAUCAGCGGCGGGGAUGGCAAAUUUAUAAAUAUCAAAGGAAAUUUACCUGAUCUGUCGUUUCCAAAGUCAAAUAAAUAA